AUGGCCGAGCUCAAAUCCACCCCUAGUCAUCAAAGUGGCAAUUCAAUCAUCAAGCCUCACGAUGCUGCUGAGGCCCUUCACAUCACAAAGGAUCCUAGACGUAUCGAAAUCGAAAAGAAAUUAGUCAGAAAACUCGAUAUGAGAUGCUCUCUUUUCGUUGUCAUCUACAUCAUGAAUUAUCUCGAUAGAAAUAACAUCGCUUCAGCUAAAGGAAAAGGUUUAACCCGAGAUCUUAACCUUAACGCUACUCAAUAUUCCACUUGUUUGAGUAUUCUAUAUGUCGGAUACAUUCUCAUGCAAAUUCCUUCCAACAUGAUCAUCAACAAGAUCAGUAGACCUUCAUGGUAUAUCGGUACUGCCAUGCUUAUCUGGGGUGCCAUCUCUACCUGUUCUGGUGUCGUCACUACUUACGGUGGUAUGGUCGGUAUUCGAUUCUGUCUCGGUUUCGUAGAAGCCGCUUUCCUUCCCGGUGCUCUUCUCAUUCUUUCGAAAUGGUACACUAGAAGAGAACUCACCUUGAGAAACGCCAUUCUAUUCGGUGGUAACUUGAUUUCGAACGCAUUCGCUGCUUUGGUUGCCGCUGGUGUUCUUUCCAAUAUGGAGGGCGUUCUCGGUCACGCUGCUUGGAGAUGGAUGUUCUGGAUCGAAGGUGCCGCUACCAUGUUCUUUGCUCUUUUAUGUUUCUUUGUCCUCCCUGAUCUCCCUACCAAUACCAAGGGAUUCACUGAAGAAGAACUUGAAGUUGCUCAACUUCGAUUACUUGAAGAUGUUGGAGAAGCCGAUCAAGAUUCAUCUGAAGAAUCGAUUUUCUCAGGUUUGAUUAUGGCUGUCAAAGAUACCAAGAUUUACGUUAUGAUGUUCACACUUACAGCAUAUGUUGUUGGAUUAUCUUUCAACGCAUUCUUCCCUUCUCUCACUGGUACCCUUGGAUUCAGUUAUAUACCCACACUUCUCAUGUCUUCUCCUCCAUGGGUCUUCGCUACUAUCGUUUCGAUGCUUAACGCUUGGCACGCCGAUCGGACUCAAGAGAAAUUCUGGCAUAUAGUCAUUCCGAUGUUUUUCGGUUUGAUCGGUUUCGUCAUUUGUAUGGCUACUCAUCAAACCGCCGCUCGAUACGUCGCUCUUUUCCUUCAAGCUUCUUCUUAUGCCGGUUUCAUCGUUUUCUACUCUUGGAUAUCUUCAUCUUUCCCUCGACCCCCAGCUAAAAGAGCAGUCGCCAUCGCCAUGGUCAACGCUUUCUCCCAACUCGGUAAUAUCGCAGGUUCAUACGUCUGGAAACUCGAUGCCAACGGUUAUCGAAAAGCUUACGGUAUCGUCACUGCCAUGUUCGGUGUCGCUAUCAUUGGCGCUUUCAUAUUCCGAAUGAUCCUUGUUAACCUCAACAAGAAACUCGAGGCUGGUGAACAAGCUUGGGAGACUAGACCAGAUGUCACUGACAAAGGUCAAAGACUUGAACACGUCGAGAGAAACGACGAAGCUCUUGACAUGAAGAGGGGUUUCAGAUAUCUCAUUUAG